AUGUCUGUUCAUACUAAACCAACAUUAAACGAAUCUGAGUCUAUAGACUCACUUCCAAUACCACCUAAAGAAUUACUUGAUAAAAGCAGUUGGUCUUUUAUAGAACGUCAACCUAUGCCUACUUUACCUGUAUUUGAAGAAGAAGAAGAAGAAACCAUGUUACCACAAACACCACCCUUCCUUGCCUUUGUGAAAGGACACACACAUCACUUUUUAAAAUCUGCCUUACAGUUCAUUUUCAAAGACAAUAAUUUACCACUCAUGAUCAACAUUAUCUAUCAUUUGUUUGCCGCAAAAUCACUCAUAAGCCGGCCUUCUAAAGUCGUGGCACGAUACCUUGAUAUGCCUCCUACAGUUACAUUAGCAUCCCAUGCACCUCUCAGACAUCAAAUUGAACAAACAGGCACAGUAGCUGUUGAUGCCUUUCGAACUCAAGGUGUACUUCAUUUAGCCUUGGGAUUAUUAGGUACAUUAGCACUCAAGGAAAAAAGACAAUCUUCAGAACGCUCUGCUUUAACUGUGCUUACUUUGGCUUCUGUGGGACAAGCAUGGACUCACUUAGAUGCGUAUUGGAAAUCCAAGUCAUAUUAUACCUUGAAAGCAUUACAAGAAGUGGGUCUUUCAGAUGUGUUUAUUGCCAUGAUUGGUAUGAUAGCUUUGUUCAAGACAACCAAGAGAACAGGCAAGUUGUUUUAG